AUGAGAACAAGUAAAAAAAUAAUUCAUUCUAUUGAAGAUUUAUCUAAUGAAAUCUUGUAUACUAUUUUUGAUUAUUUCGAUGGAUGUCAUUUAUACGAAUCAUUUGCAAAUCUUAAUACUCGUUUUCAAAAUCUUAUCAUAAAAUCUUUUUUACCUCUUAAAAUUAACAUUAAUUCUAAACAUGAAUUCAUUAUUGAAUAUUAUUGUAAGAAUAUUAUUAAUCGAAAUAAAUCUCGAAUUGUUUUACUCGAAUUAUCAACUACUAUAGCUGUUAAACAAUCUUUAAAAUUAAUCACUAUCAAUUCAUUAUUUAAUCGUUUACAAUCACUUGUUAUCAAUGGUAUUGUUGAACAUAAACUUCAAUUACUUCUUAAACAAUUAGCUUCUUUACCAUGUUUUCAUUCAUUGAAUAUUUUUGUCGUUGGUGAAUUAGAAUCUUUUGAUACGAUUUAUAAAUUGAUCUUUCGUUUACCUUUUUUAAAAUAUAAUUUGCUAUCCUACGGCCCAUGGAGAGUGCCUAUUACAUUACCAAUAGCUACAAGUGAACAAUAUAGUUUUAUUGAAUAUUUAAAUAUUGAUAUUAUUAUAUCUUUCAAUGAACUAAUUACUCUGCUUUCAUAUACACCUAAAUUACGUCAUUUAACUUGUCAACAAUUGUAUAGUUCAACUGCAUAUAUUCAAAUACAAAGAGCACUUGUAUUAUCUUAUCUAACAUAUGUUAAUUUUCAUCGAUGUCAUUUACAAUUUUCUGAACUUGAAAUAUUGAUUAAGAAGAUCGGUUCUCAAUUAAAAGUAUUACAUUUUACUACGUCAGAUAACAUAACGUUUCUUGAUGUUAAUCGUUGGCAAAAAUUGAUUUUACAGUAUCUACCAAAUUUAUUCAAAUUUGAAUUUGAAUAUGAUGAAAAGAUUCCUAAUGUUUUUCAAUUAGGAUCACAUCAUCAACAAAUUAAUCAAUUUACAUCAUUGUUUUGGAUCAAACGACAGUGGUAUCUACAUAUUCAAAUUGAUGCAGUACCUUUUUCUAAUAGUCGAAUAAUAUAUUCGAUUCACUCAUACAAGAAGAAAUGGUAUCAUUUAUAUGAACAUAUGAAUCAACAAGAUAAUUCUAUUGAUUUUAAUUCAAAGAAUUAUCGAAAUCGUUUGACUUCAUCUUUUCAAGACGUUGAACUAACAGCAACCAAUCGUUGUGAUUUCGAACAAUAUCAAUUUAUUAUUGAGAAUAUUAAAUCUUUAUUUCAAUUAGUACAAAUUACUUAUUUGAAUAUUGAUUUACGUUAUUCAUCGAUUGAUUUACUUAUUGAUGUCAUAUACAAUUUACCUAAUCUUAAUUCAUUGUGUAUGUCUUGUUUACCUUUAUUAGAAGUGAAUAUUUCAGCUGACAAACAAUCAAAACUUCAGUCAAUAUCCAGUAAUAAUAAAAUUACAAAGGUGAAUUUCGAAAAGUUAGUAGAAAUCAAACAACUUCAAUUUAUUAUUAAUCUUUGUCAACGUUUGGAAUUUUUACAAGUCGAAUGUACAAAUAAUGUGAAUAUUGAAUUGGUUAUACGUUAUAUUAUAAUGAAGUACAGAACUAAAACUCUUCUUUUUAUUCAUUUAUUGUGUCUUCACUUUCCAACAGCAGACCAGAAAAUGAUUGUAAUAAUACAAAAGAUAAUUGACUCGGAAAAACUGCUUAAUGACUAUUCAAUUAAACGUAAUCUUGAUAAAAUAUAUUUGCGAUGGAAAUAA